GGCUGAAGGAGAUCACAACUGACAGCGGAUAAUUGGCAGAGAAAGACUAAUAAUGUUCUGAUUUUUUUCAAGAAAAAAACUAUUUUAAUUCUGUUUGAAUUGUUUUAAUUAAUAUUGAUAAUGUUGACGGAUUCUCAGACCUCGGCUGCCAGGAUGUGUGCUUAAAUGGAAACGAGUCUUGGCAAAUAUUUUUGUGUUAGUUUUACAUUUUAAGAAAAGCAAUCCUCUUGACCGAGCUUGAAACUAAUGGGUGGUCCAAGUUGGGUGGCUAUGACGGAGUGGUCUGCGGUCCAAGUUUGGCUAUGACGGAGUGGUCUGUGAUCAAUGGUUUGUGAUUGGAUGCUGUUGAAGCUAUGUAUUAUAAAUGGUUGAUAUAAGAAGCAUUUCAUGAGUAGUUUUUAUAAGAGUCACUUGUAUAAGAGUCUGAGAAUGGUUGGUGUUUUAAGGGAAGUGUUACUAUGAACAGUUUUUAUUGAGGGUCCUGUCGUAUGGGUGGUUUUGAAUUGUUUUUACCAGAGUAAUUUCUUUUGAAUGGUUUAUAUUAAGAGCAAUAUCUUAAAAAAUGCUGUGGCUUUUUUAGAAAUGCUGUGGCUUUUUUAGAACAAUGUAUUAUAAAUGAAUUGUUUUAAAAGAGACGUAUUGUGAAAUAUUUUUUAAAAAAUGUCUUUUUAAUUGCGUUGCUUAAAGAGCCCUAACUGUGCUCUAAGCUGCACAGCACCUCAAAUACACUCUGCACUAGGCUGCACAGCACCUCAAAUACACUCUGCACUAGGCUGCACAGCACCUCAAAUACACUCUGCACUAGGCUGCACAGCACCUCAAAUACACUGCACUAGGCUGCACAGCACCUUAAAUACACUGCUGAGUCAAUAUCUUACAAAUCCUUGACCUCCUAAGGAAAGUUAACACUUUGAAGUGAGUUUUGAUUGUAAGGAGAUACUUUCUGUUCUGUGAACAAACCAUGAUAAAGGCAUCCACUGCAGAUUAUCAACUCAGCACAUCAAUGGUUUCACUGCAUGCAGCACAUGGGGUCAAUCAUGUAAAAACAAUGGCAUAUAUGACACCCACUGCUCAUCAAAUCAAUUCUAUUACCACAAUAGCAACAUCAAUCAAGCUGACAUCCACUGUUCAUCAACUCACCUUAAUUACUACCAUAGCAACAUCAAUCAAGCUGACAUCCACUGCUCAUCAACUCACCUCAAUUACCAGCAUAAGAUCGUCAAUCAAGCUGACAUCCACUGCUCAUCAACUCACCUCAAUUACCAGCAUAAGAUCAUCAAUCAAGCUGACAUCCACUGCUCAUCAACUCACCUCAAUUACCAGCAUAAGAUCAUCAAUCAAGCUGACAUCCACUGCUCAUCAACUCACCUCAAUUACCAGCAUUAGAUCAUCAAUCAAGCUGACAUCCACUGCUCAUCAACUCACCUCAAUUACCAGCAUAAGAUC